CUAAUUUUAGAACACGUACGCCAUAUUGUCAAGAGAUUUCGCGUCUCAGAAAACUUUCUUUCCCGACCGAAAUUUUCAAUUUAGUUUUCGUGUAAAUUUUUAGUUUAAUAACAAACAUUAAUAAAAUAUGAGUACCAAAGUAUUGUUUGCGUGUUCAAAGUGCUUUUCAAGGCACCCAUUUGAAGAGUUAUCGGCAGGUCAACAACUCUGCAAGGACUGUCGCGGAGCACCUCAAUCGUUGGCCAAGUGUAAUUACUGCAGGUCGGAGUUCCAACAGUCCAGUAAAUCCGGCACGUCGAGUGUAUGCAGCAAGUGCGAGCAGAAUGUCAAGCAAUACGGGAAACCCAGCGCCUGCGAGUGCUGCAGCAUCAUUGCGGCCUUUAUCGGGUCGAAAUGCCAAAGGUGUGCGAAUUCCGAGUUAAAGUACGGCCCGCCAGUACAAUGCGAUCAGUGUAAACAGCGAAGCGCCUUCGACAGGCAUGACGAGAGUAAAAAGAUCGAUGGGAAGCUGCUUUGCUAUCUUUGCACAUCGUCUUAUAAGCGCGCCUUACUCAAGGCCCGUCAGGUGAAAGAGGAAGCGCGUAUGUCCAAGAAGAGAGCACAUCCUAGCGAGAAGGUAUCUUCUAAAGAAUCGGGUGGGUCAGCCCCGAAGAAGUCAUCAUCGCAACGUUCUGAAUUAAGCAGCAAACAACAGUCGUCCUCAUCAGACGUGCCCGAGAAAAUUUCACGACAGACGGCGAGCAAUAAUGGUGGACUGGCCGGCCUUGGUGGAAUUACGGCAGCGGCAGUUGUUACAAUAGAUCCAAACAGCUCUGAUCACGUAGUGGCGAUGACAGACCUGAGGGAGCAGAUCGCCAGUUUACAGAAAAAGCUGGCAAUGAAGGACAAAGAGCUGUUGGAGAAAGACAAACUGAUCACGGAGUUGAAAGGACGGAAUUUCGACAACGCCAACGACAUGCGCAACAAACUUAGGGAGACCGAGAGAAUCUACGACAUGAAAGUUGACCUGUUGAACAAGAAGGUGGCGUCACUGUUGAAAGAAGUCGCAUCGCUGAAAAAGGGACAGAAGAAGAACGGAACGACGGGCUCCAAUGCAGUAGUAAGUGCGAUCAGCUCAAUCGACCAAAAGGAAUCAUCCAAGGAUAGUGGCGGAUCAGCAACGAAUAGUCCGGUCACGAAUUAGAUACAAUAACUUCUACAUUUCUAUUGAUGUAACUCUAUUUUUAUAAGUUCUGUUUUAUUUAAAUAUUCUCUUUAACGUUAAGGACACAAGACACGGGAAGAGACGAUUGUCUCUGCGGAGAAAAGUUGGGGCGACUGGCGACUGCCUUUCGUGAUUGUUCUUUGACCUUCACGCUCAAGGCAUCGCCAUAUUCGCUUGCAGAAAAUUCCAAAAAAAGUAAAAUACAUUCUUUCUUGAUUACGCAAUUUAGUUUUAUUUGUUGUGAAUGCUGAACGCAAAUACCUGGAGUCUUGAUACCAGGUAGAAUAGGAUAUUUAGUUUACUUAGCUGAAAUUGUAAAACUGUAACGAUCCAUUCAAUGAUGUAAAGCUUAUUUUUCGCUAAUUCUAGUUCUUUUGUUUUAUUUAUUAUGAGAUAAGUUGCCUCACAGAGAACGAAUCGUAGCUUUCAAUUUCCAUUGAGCGCGCACUUUGGUUAAGUUUGGUUUAAGAACAAAUUAAUAUUUUUAUGGCAAGGAAAUUAUUGAUUAUAAUUAGUGUAAACAAUUACCUCUGAAACUUCUGAAAUGAUUGAAGGCGUUGGUUGCUUCGGAAAUAGUUUCAAAUUUAAAUUGUACAAAACGGAGAGGAAAGUGUUGAUAAAAGUAAAAAUACUAAGUUGAUGAUCAUGUUUGUAUCUUUGGUUACUUUUUAAUGCAGAAUGAUGAAAUAUUGUAAUUAUAUUAUUGUGAUUUGAACUAUUGAUUUACUGUCAAAUAUAAGGAUAUUUUUAAUGAA